UUUAGUCUGGGAGUGCACUGAUGUGAUAAGCAUCAGUUGGUACAUAGCAGCGAAGCUACGGUAGUAUCGCAGCAUUCGCUUCACCAGCAUGUACUUACCAAUCGUCCACUGAAGCUCUGACUUUACAACAGACUAGUAUUUGUUUAGUGGAGGACUUGUGUCAAUGGAAAGCAGUUUUUUUCUUCCUUUUCUUGGAGUGCUAUUUGCUGAAACGAUAACCCAAAGCUUACCAUUCUUGUCGGAGUAUUUGCUCUGACCAAGUUGGUAGUUUUGAUAAAAGGAAAGAAGACUUCCACUAACGGUCCAGCAUAAUAAGGUGGUCUAAUUAUAGCGGUCAGUCGGCCGUGAUGAGUGGUCAAGAGUGGAUAACUUCCUUGAGGGUCUUCCCAAGUUACAGCUAAUUCUACUGAGUGAAAUGCAACCUACACAGAGACAUGCAUGCCUGAAGAUUCACUCAUUCAGCCAUUAAUCUCAGCUCUUGUGAAAGGUUCUUUCAUUCCUUCAAGAAAUCAGGAACUAUUUUCGCUUUUAUUUGGCACAUGCAUUCUUCAAGACAGCACUGAAUCACACGUGCAUUUCUUUCUGACGUUGCAAAAGGGAGUCAGAACAUAUUUGCAAUAGAUGAAAAAUUUGACUUUAAAAGCUACCUGCCUGAUUGUUUUUCAUCAGUUUGUUUGCAUUCAACUCAAGCUGUAGGAAGAGGGAUUGAAGGAUUUAUUUAUUGAUCACAAGACAUCUUAGUAUCUAAAGGAUUCUUUCUAACCAGUUCACUCAAAAGACUGCCUCAAAAAACGACUAUCUGCAAGGUGACAUCUUUGCUUUGAUCUAACUUUUUUAACCCUCCAAGGAAGAAGAGGAAAGAAAGAUGCCAUAAUGGAUGCAGACAUGCAGAUGGAGACCUACGCUCUGGAUGUACAAGUGCGUCAAAUCCAGGAAGAGCGCACCCGCAGGAAGGGGGUUCACUGCAUGAAAGGGUUAGAAGGUGUGAAGGAGGGUCGUCCAAGCUCUUGGUACCUGUUUAGCGGUCCAGUCGUGACCAAACAAAGACGACAUUCCGAGGGUUCAAGGCCUUGUGAUCAGGUACAACGUGUGUCACAGUAUGACAAAGUGUUACAUAAUCUGCUUGAAGACAGCUCCAAGUCUAGGACCGGACACCCUCGGGACCAUGAGAGUCUUCUAGAUCCAGAACAAACUGUUAGAGAGAUUGUAAAAGAGCGAGAGGAGGAGAUGUGUCAGGCAGAGAAUGAAUCCAAACUUCUCCAGAUCCAGGAAAGGUUUACCCAUGAUGAGCUCAACCUCUUUGGAGCUAAAGAGAUGACAAAACAACAGAAAUUCAAGGCCUUGUCUACGAGGCGGCGGUCAGCCCCUGUAACGGUCAUCAAGAGUGCAUUGACCACCUCAUCAAAACUCAAGACAAUACAGGAUAAGAGCAAUAACAACAACAGCCCUGAAGGCAGCAUGCUAGAACUUGGCUCCCUGUCCGCCAGUCUCAACCUCCCCAGUGUUGGGUCCAGGGAUAUCCCGUCUCCUACAUCGGAAGCACCGCCCUGUAAGAGGCUCUACAUCAUGGAAGGACCCGUUCAAAUCUCUGUUGGACCACAGAUCCAGAACAGAUACCUGGUGCUCAUGAACGAUACGCUGCUCAUCGCUAAACCAAAGUCAGCUACUUCGUUGAGACUGAAACACAGGUUAAGAGUUGGGGAACUCUGGCUUAACACCUGUAUCGACGAGGUCAGUGAGGUCAUCAAAUCACAUGACUGUUCGUUCGUCUUGGGUUGGCCAACAAACAACGUGGUGCUCACGUUCGCAUCCAAUCAGGAGAGGGAGCUCUGGUGGCAGAAACUUAGCACGCACAUUGAAGUGAAGCGGAAGGAAGACGAAGGAAAGUCUGUUCAAGUCAGGGUACUCAACAGAGAUCAGGAGUACUCCGCAUUUCCGUCCAAAACCUUACAAAUCGGCAACCACCAACAUUCCAGCGACCUGCUGGAUAUGGCCAUGCAGGAGUUUGGUAUGCCAGAAGAAGCAAGAAAUGAUUUCCAACUCUGGGUACAGUCAGGCCGGGAAGAUUCUCUCUAUCCACUCAUAGGUCACGAGUAUCCUUAUGCAAUCAAGAUGAGUCACAUUCGAGAUGCCCAAGACAAACCAAGUGAUGUGGUCUUCAGUACCGAGAUGGACCACCUAUCAUCAGCUGAGAACGAACUCAGAGAACAUCAAUGUCAAUUUAUCAUCAGGAGGAAAGGAAAGACUGCUACAGGAGGAAUCGAUUCCUCAGCUAUCCAGAGAAGACUGAAGAAAGGGCGUAAGUCUCCUUUCAAGCUCUCAUUCAAGAGGAGUAUCUCAAACAAAGAUGGGUCAUCACCGGGAUCAUCUCCACUAUCACCCCAUGCAAGGUUAUUUGGUCUUCCAUUGAGCAUGGUAUGUCCCGAGAACACCCUUCCCAAGCCCAUCCUGGAUCUCCUGACCACCCUCUACCACCAGGCUCCAUUCGUGACGGGGAUCUUCAGAAAGUCCGCCAACGCCAGGGUGUGCCGUGAGCUGCGGGAGGCCCUCGAUGCCGGGGAGCAGUGCAGUCUGGAUGAUGUGUCCGUCCACGUCGCUGCGUCUGUCCUCAAGGACUUCCUACGUAGUCUUCCAGACAGUCUACUGGUGUGUAGUCAGUGUGAGGAAUGGAUCAGCACCAUAGAUAUUGCUGACAAGGAAGAGAAGCUUCAAGCCAUCAAAAGCUUGCUGGAUCAACUGUUGGAUAUCAACCAGGUGUUGCUGCGACACCUGUUCAACGUUUUGUACUACGUUUCCCUCCAUAUGGAUGAGAACAACAUGAACAGCUACAACCUGUCAAUCUGUGUUGCACCAAGCAUGCUCUGGCCUCCAGCCAAUGCUGGCCCUGCAACUCAGGCUAUGGCCACUAAGAAGAUCCCAGCAGUGGUGGAGUUCAUCAUUGACAAUGUGAAGGAAGUGUUUGGUGAUGAUGUCUUGACACUCUUUGGAGAACCACCCGUCCAGGCAACAGAGCGAAGGAGACAUGACUCUAGUGGUGACUCUGAUAGUAUGAACGAGGUGUCGCCAUUCAUCAAGCGUGAUGACUCUUCUCUGGACAGUAUUGAGAAAGAGUUCUUUGCUAAUGACAAUGAACAAGAGCCCAAUGGGGCCAUCCACAAAUGGACCUAUGGAAACACACCAGUGCUAUCACCAUCAACUCUGAGCCGGGAUUCUGGCAUUACAUCCAGUGAUAAUCAGUUAUACCCUGACUCUGAUAAUACAGAUACGACAGACUCUGGCAUGGAUUCCAAAGAAAAAUUGAGUGUGGUACCCAAUGCAAGCGGGAGACCGGCUAAGAUUUCCGCACAAUUUAGCGAUGAUUUGUUCUGGAGGCAGAGGAGGGGUUCUGAGCCUGCCCCCAUCUCUAAGGAAGCAGCAAGGCAUCGUAUGGCUUUGCUUGCAAGCUCGGCAAACAAUACUGCAGACAAUAGUCCAGAAAUCUCUGAUCAGGAGUCGUAUAACCUUAGCGAGGACACACUGAAAUUGAUCAAGGAUCUGAACAGGGAUUGUUCUUCAAAUUUGUUGAAUGCGAUGUUACCCGAGGAUAUGCGAUCCAACUCAAGGAAGUCCAGUGCGAGUGGCUCUGGUCUGCAAAUAAAUGAGAAAGGACUCGUUCCAAGUAAUACCCAAAGUGUGAAUUCUAUGCCUACAACUCCUACAGAAGAAGAUCCAGUGCAUUCUAUUUCAUAUGGACGUAGACAAUCUGUUCCUUCCAUUGGAUCAGGAUCCCCAACAUUCCCCCGUCGACUAACAUCCAGUCGGCGCAGUGCUUCUUCAAUGUCGUCUUCAUCAUCAGAGAGAAUGAGCGAUGCACAAUCUUCUAGUUCCUCUGAGAGAUUGCAUUCAACUAAGCUAGGUAUGAAACCCCAAAGGACUGAGAUAGACAUGACUAAGACUCUGCAAGCUGCCAGCUCUAACACAGGCCGCUUGUCACCUCAUGGUGGGCCCAACAUGGGACAGCAUGGCUUCCAGCCAACCUACAAAAAAAUGUUUAUGAACUCUGAUACGCGAGGCCUGCCUUCUCGGCCAAAUGCUUUGCCGGUGCGACCAAGACACCAUCCUAGACCAUCACAAACCAAAGAAGCCACUCCUCCGAGGGAAUUCUUCCCAAAGGAUGCUACAACUCGCUCAACGACCCUGUCGCAGAGUCCGCGUAGCCUUCCCACUCACCAAGAGCAGACAGAGAAACGGACGCCUCCCAUGAAACGCAACAGCAGUCCUUCCAUUGCAAUUGGGCAGCACACAAAGCAACGUGUCAGCAAGACCCAAUCAGACUCGUCUCAAUCCAGAACAACUCCACCUACUUAUCAAGAAGCCAUGAAUAGACGAGCAUUCCUCCAGAGAAGCACAAAGAGUCUGGACAGUGAAGUGUUGACUGUGGCCUCUGACCAGAGUCCCAGAAGGAGAUCAGCCGAAGCCAAUGUUGCCAAGCACCGGCAUGAAGACAGGCCAGGCAAACCCAAACGUCAUCUCACAGCUGGAGGUAUCAUUUUUCUGGACUCUGAUACCGAUUCCAGUGAUGACAAUGGUGAUUAUAGGAACGGAUAUGGAUCUGGAAAAGGUCGUGGAGUGAGACGUACAUCAAGUGAUAGCGUUGCUACUAAUCGCAAAGGGUCUUCUACAUCUGUCCAGCGUAGCAGUAGCGAUACUGCCAAGCCUGCAGGAAAUGAGGUACGGACGAAACAACAGCAACGCAAUGCUGAGAACACACGCAGGUCGAGCCAACCUGUGCCUCCUAGGAGACGGCAUCAUAAUGGUGAAGUCCCUCGUAGAACGUCUGCUGGUAACCAUCCCGGCAGGAGACAACCAGAACCUACCAACUCAUCAAAAUCUUCUGACCCUGUGUCAGGACGCAGCACUGCCUUGCACUUCCCUUUCCCUGACCCUCGCGCUGAACCACCCUCCUCCCCUCUCACCUCCCCUCGCUCCAAAGCAAACAUGGAUGCCAAGAACGGACUCAAGAAAGUUUCUGGGAAUGAGCAAACAGUUAGUCAAGCACGAGCCGAUUGGCAAAGAAAGAAGACCUCGAUCGGCAAGGACUUGAAAAUUACUGUUCACGAUCUUGCAAACAUUGAUUAUACAGAUGAAUCCUAUGUGUGAUCUAUCCCUUGAAACUAUGUUCUUUGAUCAAGUUAUUUGGUCUGUCAUACUGAAUCACCUAAUUCUUUUUUAUCAGAAUCAAAUGUAUUCAGGUUAGCAGGUAAUAUACUGUUGCCAUUCCAUGUUAAUGUUGUGAUGAAAGUGUUUUAGUACUUGUAUAAUGAUGUCUCAUGUUGUAUGUGGUCCAUUUGUAUAUCAUGACUUGUAUCUUGUAGAUUCAGCAAAGCCAUAACGUUUUAUUGAUUUUGAGUGAAUUUUUUAUUACCCUAAAACUGUAGAAUUCUUCAUAAUUCUCCAUAAACCAUGUGUUGGCUAGGUACCGACACUCUAGUUCAUCUUCUAGUCUCGGCCGAUAUUCUGUCUUCUUUCUGUCUUGCUAUUGUAACAUAUGGAUGAACUGUAGCAUGGAUGGUAAGAUGAAACCGAGGGUAACAUGAACUAUCUCACUUAACUUUUGAAUGUGUGCUAACCUUGGCUGAUAAGGAACUCUUUAUUACUAUGUAAUAUCUGAGAAUGUUCAAUGUCAGAGUAGCGAUUAGUCUUAUCUUUGAAAGACGUAAUAAGUGAUAUCUCUCUGACUCAGCAGACAAGAAAAUGGAGGUUAAUCUAAUGUAGAACAAAAUGUUGCCUCUCCCUAUCACCUUGUUGUUUCUACAAAGAUUACAAAUUCUUAAUUGUUAGAUGUCAUUAAUUCAUUGAAGAAAUGCUGCAUUCAGCUUUAUGAAAUGGCCCCUUGGUGUCUGAAGAGAGAACAUGAUGACCAAAAGCUCUACGUUCAAUCUUAUUCCUUGAUUGUAAGGACCCUGUUUUAUUAUAAAAAAACUUUGAAGCUUUUACAAGCUGCUAUCAUUUAAUUGGCUGAGACUGAGAGUAACUUAGUUCAUAGAAGUAUAGCUUUUCUUUGAUAUGUUUUGUGAAAUCAGUCCCAUAAUAGUUUUCAUGUGUUUCUAACGUUUCUAAAGGACUUUACAUUCUGUUAUAAUAUUAAUGCAGUAUUUCAUAUGAUCUACAAAAAGGGGUCAGACACACUCCACACAUUUAUUUUAAUGAAAUUUUUAUGACUGGACAUCAAAACUGUUUCAAUAUUCAUUGGACAUUUCAACAUUUCAAUUCUUGACAACUUGUGAUGCAAAAUUUUUCCACCCAAAAUGCUUUAGUUUUCUUCCCUCAAAGUACUGCUUUUUACGAGUCUGGCAUCGUUGAUAUCCAUUACUUCAUUAGAGGUUUGGCAUGGAACGUUUUAAUAGCAGUGUAAUUGUAUGUUUCUUGAAGUUAAGUGUGUAGAUGUUUUAAUGUCAUGUUGACAUGUUAAAUUCUUAAGGAAGUUUACUUUAGGUGUGUAAAAAAAUGAUAACCAACUACCUCAUUCAUUUUUAAAAAGCUUUUCAUGAUGCAUAAUAAAGAUUCUUUUUUUUCAUUUUGAUUUUGGAAAUGUUUGAUAUGUAAUGAUAAAUUUAUACAUAAGUAAAGCUCUGCUCUGUUAUAUCAUGCCGUAAUUCAUCAUUUUCAAACAAGAGAUUCCAAUACAAAUUACAUCCUAAACAUUUGUUAAAAACAUGAAAAAGGUGAUUUUGCUUUUUGUUUUAAGGGAAAAAUCAAAACAGAGUUAUUGUUUCAUUUAAAAUAGUGAAUCAUUGGACCUUUAUAUACAACUCUUCCAUUUGUGAAAAGCAAUAUACAUGUAUGAUAUUUCAAUAACUAAACUUUUUCGGAUACUUUAUUUAAGGUUUGGAUUGUUUUUAGAUUGAGAUUUGAAUGUACAAUCUUUCAAUUACUUCAACAAACUUGUAUGAACAUGCUCCUUCAUAAAGUUAUUAAUUACUUAUCAAUAUGCCCUGUUGUACAUACAACAAGAGGCUUCACUGGUUGAAUAUAAAACCACUUUUGUGUAUAUGCAUUUCAAGUGAAGAGAGGAAUCGAAAUACAUGUUGCUUUUCAGAACAAUAUUAUGUGAUUCUUUUCCUGCCUUUCAGCUACUUUGAUUGAAAUUUACUCGGUGAAAAUUAGGUACAAUGAAUUGAAAUUUCUCUGUCAUUUUAGAUCUUUAAAUGAGUGAAGAUAAGAAUGUGAUUUUUGUCAUUUUUAUGUUUACUGAUGUAGGUGAAAUAUUUUCAUCUAUUUUAUUUGUCACCAAUAUCUCACAUAUACACAGUUACUGGUACAAAUUAUAACCACAAAUACUUAUGCAAUAUUUUUUCACUAUCUGCUACUCUAUUGGCAUGCAUCACAAAAGAUUUUUGACAAUUUUUUUGUAAUGAAUAUUAUGCUUUUGUCUUAUUUUCAAGACAAUAAUUAUUUUUUUCAUAUCAAACAUGACCAAGCCAACUUUGUAUACUCAUUGAUCAUUAUGUUAUGUAACAGAUAACACCAUUCAUGAUAUGUACAGUUUUUUCUAUUGUACAUAUCAAUGUAUAGCUUCGAUCCUUUCUUAUUUGUUUAAAGAAUUGAUGUAGAGGGCGCCCUUUUGUAUUAUUUCUAUAGCCUUGUACAUGGAUGCCACAUGGUGGUAACACAUUUUUUGUAAGUAUCUGUACAGAAUUAAUGCCACAAGUUAUGCCAGUAUUUUAUUCACAUAUUUAUGCAAAUAGUAAUUAAAAAAACAUGGAAAAUUA